AAAUUCUCUCUUCUAUGAACGGCUAUUUUUCCCUCACUGCAUCACCUUUCUCUCUCUCUUUUUCUUUUCAACCAAAAACAGAAAGAAAAUAGCAAAAAUGAAGCAUUUCAUGUUACCAAGAAACACAAACUUGAGAGAUCCGAUGGAGAAUUCUUCUUCCCCAAACCCUACCCCUCCCAAAUCCAAGCGAAAACAUAAAAAAUCUUCCAAAGAGAACACUCCGCCUCCAGAUCCCAACUCCCAACUUUCCCCCGCCACCGCCACCUCAAUGGCUAAGAGCAAGUGUCCACUGCCCCCUCGUCCCCCCUCCUCCAACCCUCUCAAACGCAAACUUUUCACUGAAACCCUCUCCGAAAACUCCGUCUCGGGAGCUUCCGAUUCCGGUGUCAAGGUGAUUAUAAGGAUGCGACCACCUAUUAAAGAAGAGGAAGAAGGGGAAACGAUUGUCCAGAAAAUUACCGGUGAUUCUUUGAGCAUCAGUGGACAGACCUUCACGUUUGACUCAGUCGCCAACUCGGAUGCAAUGCAGCUAGAUAUCUUCCAGCUCGUAGGAGCGCCUGUUGUCGAAAAUUGUCUUGCUGGGUUCAACAGCUCCGUGUUUGCUUAUGGUCAGACUGGAAGUGGAAAGACUUAUACGAUUUGGGGUCCAGCCAAUGCCUUGUUGGAAGAAAAUUUAUCAAGUGAUCAACAGGGUUUAACUUCUCGUGUGUUUCAGCGACUGUUUGCUCGCAUCAAUGAGGAGCAAAUUAACCAUGCUGAUAAACAGCUCAAGUAUCAGUGUCGCUGUUCUUUUCUAGAGAUAUAUAAUGAGCAAAUAACAGAUUUAUUGGAUCCAAAUCAAGGAAACCUGCAGAUCAGAGAAGAUGUAAAAUCUGGCGUCUAUGUUGAGAAUUUGACAGAAGAGUAUGUAAAUUCGAUGAGGGAUGUGACUAAGCUAUUGCUAAAGGGAUUAUCGAAUAGAAGAACAGGUGCGACUAGUAUCAAUGCUGAAAGUUCUCGUUCACAUAGUGUUUUUACUUGUGUUGUUGAAUCUCGGUGCAAGAGUGUGGCUGACGGUGUAAGUAGCUUUAAAACAAGCCGGAUAAAUUUUGUUGAUCUAGCUGGCUCAGAGCGACAAAAGUUAACUGGUGCUGCAGGGGAGCGCUUAAAGGAGGCAGGCAAUAUUAACCGUUCACUCUCACAGCUUGGGAACUUGAUAAACAUUCUUGCUGAAGUUUCCCAAACUGGAAAACAAAGGCAUAUCCCCUACAGAGACUCCAAGUUGACAUUUUUAUUGCAGGAAUCUCUUGGUGGCAAUGCAAAAUUAGCAAUGGUCUGUGCAAUUUCUCCAGCUCAAAGCUGUAAGAGUGAAACAUUCAGCACACUACGGUUUGCUCAGCGUGCAAAGGCAAUCAAGAACAAGGCAGUUGUUAAUGAAGUAAUGCAGGAUGAUGUAAAAUUUCUACGUGAGGUGAUUCAACAGCUCAAGGAUGAACUCCAUCGAAUGAAAGCUAAUGGUAACAACCAAGCUGAUCCAAAUGCAGGUUACUCAACUGGAUGGAAAGCCCGCAGAAGCUUGAAUUUGUUAAAAUUUAGCCUCAAUCAUCCAAGGGUAUUACCUCAUGUUGAUGAAGAUGGUGACGAGGAGAUGGAAAUAGAUGAGGAAGCUGUUGAGAAUCUUUUUGCUCAAAUAGGUUUGCGAUCAUCUGAUAUAUGUAACCAUUCAAAUGAAGUGACCAAACUAGAGAUAAUUGAAUCAGAUUCCGGAAAUCCCACGUCCGAGAUAGGAUGUGCUAGUGAUCCAGGGCCUAAUGCAUCUGAAUGUGGCAAAGCACGAAAUGUUGAGGAUACUGAUGCUCACAUUGAAGAAGAAAUAUAUGAAGAGCCUAAAACCUCUGAAAUUAUGGCUGUUGAUCGUGUUGAACCUGCUACGAGAUCCCCAAACAUUAUUCCUGCUCAUGAAAGUAUCCAAGAGAAUCCAGACUGUCUAACUAUUGAAACAACUGAUGGAAAUUCCCCUGGGAUUCUUAAAUCCCCAACAUCAAGUGUCUCACCUAAAGUUAACCAGAGAACAAAGAGUUUGAGGACAUCAUCAGUGGUCACUGCUUUGCAGAAAGGCCUUAAGAAUGAUGGCCCAGAAGCUAUCACACCAACAGAACACUUGGCAGCUAGCCUUCAUCGAGGUCUUGAGAUUAUUGGUCGGAGUUUAGCAUUGAGGAGAUCAUAUCAUUUUUCAUUAAAACCUGCUGAUUCCCAGCCAACCAUUGCUGCUUUCAAAGUUGAUGUUGGAAUUCAAACUUUUCCUCAAGAUUACGAGAUUCAAGGAGAAGAACGGCUAGUAUUUCUUUGUACUAAUUGUAAAGAGAGAACAAAUCUGGAGGGCAAAGAGAACAAUGAAAGCUCAAACUUGCAGUUAGUCCCUGUUGAUGAAUCAGAGUCUUCUGAGAAAACCAAGAAGCAAGUUCCAAAGGCUGUGGAGAAGGUUUUGGCUGGAUCUAUCAGGAGAGAAAUGGCUCUUGAAGAGUUCUGUGCCAAACAAGCUUCCGAAAUAAUGCAGUUAAACCGUUUGGUGCAACAGUACAAACAUGAAAGAGAAUGCAAUGCUAUUAUUGGGCAGACAAGAGAAGAUAAAAUUCUUCGCCUUGAGAGCCUUAUGGAUGGUGUUUUACCUACUGAGGAAUUCUUGGGAGCAGAGCUAGCUUCCCUCGCACAUGAGCACAAGCUCUUGAAGGAGAAAUAUUAUAAUCAUCCGGAGGUUUUAAGAACAAAGAUUGAGUUAAAAAGAGUUCAGGAUGAGUUGGAGCAGUUUCGAAGUUUUCAUGAUUUGGGUGAGAGGGAAGUACUGUUAGAGGAAAUUCAGGAUUUAAGAAACCAGUUACGGUAUUAUAUAGACUCUUCUUCCACAUUAGCUCGAAGACAAAAUUCUCUACUGCAGUUGACUUAUUCAUGUGAUCCAAAUGUGCAACCACCUCUUAGUGCAAUACCAGGGACGAGUGAGGUUAGUGCUGAAGCAAAAUUUGAACAAGAGAGAAUUCGGUGGACUGAGGCAGAAAGCAAAUGGAUUUCUCUUGCAGAAGAAUUGAGGACUGAACUUGAUGCAGCCAGGUUGCUGGCUGAAAGAAGGAAGCAGGAACUAGAUAUGGAGAAAAAAUGUGCAGAAGAAUUAAAGGAAGCAAUGCAGAUGGCUAUGGAGGGACAUGCAAGAAUGCUUGAACAGUAUGCAGAUCUUGAGGAAAAACAUAUUCAAUUGCUUGCAAGGCAUAGACGAAUUCGAGAGGGAAUAGAUGAUGUUAAAAAGGCAGCUGCUAGGGCAGGAGUCAGGGGUGCUGAAUCUAAGUUCAUAAAUGCACUUGCUGCUGAAAUUUCUGCAUUGAAAGAGCAAACGGAAAAGGAGAGACUAUAUCUUAGGGAUGAAAAUAAAGUACUCCAGGCUCAACUGAGGGAAACUGCUGAAGCAGUCCAGGCUGCAGGCGAAUUGCUUGUACGGCUAAAAGAAGCAGAGGAAGCUGUAGCAGCUGCUCAAAAGCGAGCAAUGGAAGCAGAACAAGAAACUGAUAAGGCUCACAAAAAGAUUGAUAAAUUAAAGCGAAAACAUGAGUAUGAGAUUAGCACUCUUAAAGAACUGCUAGCAGAAUCGCGUCUACCUAAAGAAGCCAAACGACCUUCUUAUGACAAGAUUGAUAUUGCCAAAUAUGAUGCAGGUGACCAGCGAUGGCGAGAAGAAUUUGAACCAUUCUAUAACGGUGAGGAUGGUGAGUUAUCAUCAAAACUUGCAGAAAACUCAUCAUGGUUCUUUGGAUAUGAUCGAUGCAAUAUAUAGAUCACCUUUAACUGCAGCAACAGUGUAUGUAUGUAUUUAUGUAUGUAUGUAUACUCACGUACUAUUUCAUAUAAGUUGUGUCAUGUAGGUCCAAAGUAGUAGCUUUCUUUUGUUGUUAAUCUGGAUAUAACAGUUCUUGCCAAUCAAGGGGGACCACUGUAGCUUGGUUUUUGUAAUCAAAUUCUGAUUCUUUAAUUUCAUAAGAGUUGAAUGAAUGAUUUAUAUAUUCUUCCC